AGGAGGGGGAGCGGGGCGGGGCGCGAUCGCGAGGCGCCCGCGGGACAGGGAGAGGAAGGGAGCGGGGCGGCGGCGCCAUGGGGGAGCAGGCAUGGGGCAGCGACAGCGACGAGACCGUGGUGGAGGGCUCGGUGGCGGAGAGCGACGUGGAGGAAGAGGAGUUCCGCAGGAGGAGGUUAACUAUUUUCGAUAAGGACAUGGAUUUAACAACUGAAAUAAAAAAUAAUGAAGGAGUUUCCUCUCCAGAAAUCCAUUUUAUGCAUAUAGCUCAUGAUCAUAUGUAUGGACUAAAUGUAAAACAGAUUUCACAGGAAAUAAGUUAUGAAGGUCUCUCUCCAGAAAAAAGCCUGCAUCCAGAUGCCUUUCUGGAGGAGAUAAUAGUAGUUCCAAAGGAACAGACACCACAGGAUUUAUUUCCACAUGCUUUAGAAGAUUGCCAGAGAACCUGCAUGACCGUGAUUGACACAGAUAACAGUGUAGAAGAACAAUCCUGUAAUAAUGAUACAGAUCUUUCAUUGGCAACCCUAGGAAAUGUUUUCACGGAACCACUAGUGUUCACUGAACAGAGCAUAGAGACUGCUGAACUUCAAGUCAAUGAUUUGUUGAGACCUCUCAGUGAUUCUGAGAGUCCUAAAACAAUAAACCAUCUGCACGACAUAUUAGACUAUCAGGGUCAUGUCUUUUCCAGUGAUAUUUCAGCAGAUGAGAACAGUGAUGCCCUUCCAGUAGAGCUUGUGACAGCUCUGAAUUCCUUGUCAGGAUCUGUAAUACAGUCUGACAAUCCUGUAGUGCCAAGCAAGAGACAGCUUACCACUGAGGAAGAGCAGUUACAUUCAGAAUCCAGUACUCCCCAGCAAGAUGAUGACUGUACGCAAAUAACAAACCUGCUUGAGCCUCAGCUUCCUACAAUUCAUGUGGAAGAAAUAAAAGCCUUAACAGGAUCUAAGUUGCAGAGGACAACAAAUGAGCAACUUGCGGGUGAUCAGCAGAAAGGCAAAGAAGCAAUUUCAGAUUAUUGGAGUGCCAUCUCUAAUGAAAAACAAAAUGAGGAGGGAAGUUUGCAUUCAGUGGAGGCUGUUGUAUGUGCAGAAACCAAUAAAAGAGCAUCAGGGAGAACAAUGCAGCUAGAAGAGACCUCCUCAAUGAAGUGCAGAGAUAGUAUUUCCUGUCAUCACCAAACACUAGAAGAGACACAGCAGAGUAUGUCUCACAAUCAUAAUACAACAAGAAACAAAACCAAGGAUUUUAGUAAAAUUCAGAAACCUGCUUCUAAAGACAAAGAAGAUCUAGAAACCAACAUGUACCAAGAAAUAACUCCAAAUGAGGAUAGAAACACUGAGCAGAUAAGGAGAAGCAAAAGAAUCAAAGAUAAAAUGAGACUAGAAGCCUAUUUUGUAAAUCCUUGUUGCCCUGUAUCACUUUCAAGAAUAAAUAGGAGGAAUAUUUUUGGUGAGACCUUACUUCAUAGAGCUGUUACUGAAGAAGAUAUAGACCUUGUACGUAACAUAAUAAAAUCUGGUGCAAAUGUAAAUGCUCAGGAUUAUGCUGGCUGGACUGCACUACAUGAAGCAAGUGUACAAGGCUGUUAUAGGAUAGCAAAUGAGCUUUUGAAAGCAGGAGCUGAUGUUAAUGCUAGAGGAAAAGAACAAAUAACACCAUUGCAAGAUGCAGUUAAGGAAGGCCAUUAUGAGGUGGCAGCAUUAUUGCUUUGGUAUGGAGCUGAUCCUUUAUUAAAAAAUGAGGGGGGGAGAUGUGCACUAGAAGAAGCUUCUGACCAAUCUAUGAAGAGACUGCUUAAAAGCUAUCUCCUAAAAUCCAGAAGACAUUCAGUAUCAGGUGGAGACGAUGCAGAGAAUACAUUAAGUGCUCGAAGUGUAGAUGGUACAGACCUGCACCAGUUUUCCUUACAGACAGAUGAGUCUGUACCAGCACGUGCAAAUCUUACUGGUACAGGGAGUGCAGACAUAUUGCAACAGACUACUGUAAAUGAGGUGCAAAACAUUCAUAUUAAUAUAUUGGACGAUGGAACCAGCUGCAUUGAACAGACACCUCAAACAAAUACAGAAGCAAUCUUAGCACGUGAGCUUUCAGCAGCUACUAGUGAAGAAAGUGUUUCUAGAAGUCUUUCUAAUUCUACUGGUGGUGCACUAAGUACCAUUGAGGAAAAGGCUCCACAACCAGAGAAAGGAUCGAGGAUUCUGCUUAAUGCAGAAGGAGGUGCUGAAGGCUGUCACAUGGAAGCAACUGAAAAUGCUAGCAGUAUAGAGAUCCAGUUUACAGCUUUACAACUCCUUGAAAAGAAAGCACAUCAAAUUAAACAUAAGAGACAGGAUCUUCAGGAGACCAACUCAAAAUCAGAUGAAGGAGGGUUUGCUGGAAUGAAUGGAAUAGAAAGCACUGAAGAAGGAAGUAGAAAAAGCAAUGUGUUCUCGCAGUUUACUGAAGCAGAAGAAAUCCAAACUAAAAGAAUGAGAUUAGACCUACAGGAGACAAGACAAAAGACAGACUUGUGUUCCACUAGCAGUAAAUACAAGCUUUCAUCUAGUCAAUCACAAUUCAAUCAAGCAUCAGAACAGCAAACGUCUAAGAAAUCAGGUGGAUCAAAGAAGAAAAAGAGAAAUGCAAAAGGAGAAACUAAGCUGCAUAUUGCUGCUAGGAGAGGAAAUUUGUCUUUGGUGAAAACUCUGAUAUCAUCUGGAAUUUGUGUCAAUGAACAGGACAAUGCAGGUUGGACAGCAAUUCAUGAAGCUUCCUAUGGUGGUUUUACUGAAGUGAUCUUAGAAUUACUGAAAGCUGGUGCUAAUGUUAACAGCAGAAGCAUGGAUGGUAUUUUGCCCAUACACGAUGCUGUUUCUGGCAAUUAUUUGGAGGCAGCCAGGAUUCUACUACAGCAUGGAGCAAAUCCCUGUGAGAGGGACAGUUAUGGGAAAAGUGCUUUGGAUGGAGCUUCUGAUGAUGAAAUGAAAGAGCUGCUUAAGUCUUAUGGUGCUAUUGACUCUGUACUUCCUGUUGAAACUAUUGAGGGUACAGAGAGGAGCUAUCUUAGGUCAAGAAGAGAAAAAAGUUGCUUUGAGUGCUGCAAAAAAGAUGAUGCAGCUUUGAAGCCACAACGUGAGAAAUCCUGUGUGGAGUCUGUUGUAGCCAUACAAGAUACCAAAAAGAAGCAGAAGGAACUGUUGCUACUUGAACUGAGAACUUCCAAAGAUGCAGGUCGAUAUGUGUAUGCCCAAAGGCUGUGUCAGAUACAAAAUACUUUGAAUGAAAUGUUUGCAAAACAGAAAACAGAAAGGGAUGCCCUUGCUAAAAAAUACAGGAAUUUAGUCAUAAAGCCACACUCUUAGAGAACGGCAAGAUCAAAACGAGUGAAAAUAAAAUACUUCAGAAUCCAGUUCAGUGGGUUAAAGACCUAUUAGGAAGUGAUAUUUCUGUGACAUGGAAGUAUGUGUGGAACAAGGUUACGUAUCAUGGGACACAGUUGUCAAAACUUCUUGUUGAAGAUGUGCAUGUUUCUAAUGACCUCGAAUUACCAUCACAACAAAGAGAGCCCUUGGGAAAUAAUUUUAUCAUAAGGGACCCCAGAAACCACACCCAGCACUGCCUGAGUCCCUGCACUGACUCUGUUCUGACCCUGUCUGCUCUGCCUGUUGGGAGCUUUGACCUGAGCAACAUGCAUCCAAAAACUCCACUGUUGCCUCAAACAGAAAUUGUGAAAACAUUGCUAUGCACUGAAAGAGAAGCAGCUGAAAGUCACACAGUUCCCAGAGAAUUAAGGAGCUCUUCUGUCCAGUUCAACUCAGUAGAAAGUCUGGCACAAGUGGUCAACGAGACAUUAGUUCUACGUACAGAGGAGUACCUACCUUGGUCUGUAAUGGAAAAGCACUGGAAUUUCUACGUAGCAUGUGAAGAUUUUGGAUUCUGAAGACUUCUUGAGUGCUAACAUUUAUUUAUUUUUUCAUCAUCAUUUAGAAGUAAACAUUUGAACUUCUAGAACCCAGUGCUUAGUUGUUCUCAUUCUGAUAAAUCAUUUGCCCAGCACUUGGAAUGGACUGAAAGAUUGUUUGAGUAAAUGAGAAACUGAAGAGUACUUUGUAGCAGGUGAAAGUGACUGUCAAUAUUGAAUUUUGUGCUUUAACAUCAUUAAAUGGGAAAGUAGACAAGGGCCUGUUAUACGCUGGUGCACAAUGAAAUAUAUUCUAUGUUGGUAAGUUUGUAUGAUACUCCACCAAUUUCUGUGCCUUCAAACGUUCCCAUGCUUGACUGUACCAGGCAGGUAUCAGCACCAAUGCUCACUUUUUACACCUAAACAUAGAUGCACUCUUCCAAAGCAUGUGCUAUCAGAAGUGUCUGCAAAUGCUUGUGCAGUAAUGUGAGCUAUUAGGCAGAAAUCAAGACAGGCAGCUUUGAAAAUAACCAGCAACUUUGCUUUACUGGGCAUGGUUAUAUACAAACCUUUGAGAACGGGAUGUAUGUUGGGAGAGGUUAGAAAAGGGCUCUUAGCCUUUCAAAGUGCUCAGGGAAAUUCCAUUGGUGUUUCAACCAAAUCUAUCUGAUAGUCAAAAAAUGCACUAGUGUUGGGCAGGAAAUACACCGAGCCCAUUCCUGGUAAAUGAUUUUUUCGGCAUAACAACAUCCUGGAUUCCCACCCUGAUCUGUGGAGGCUUUCUAUUUGUUUUUAUUUUACAAUGGGUGAAUCUGCCUCGGUAGCGUAUUUAUAACACAUUGACUGUCAUGAGAGUUAUCUGCAUUCAAGUGGCGUUCUUGCUCUUUCAUUCCCCGGAUCGUAAGGAGAGAUGAAAUAAUAACACCUACUGCUCCUAACUCCACUGAAUGGGGUGAGAAAUACCUCCUGUCGGUACCUAACAUCCUCAGUUCCCUAUCUGGAGGAGGAGGGCUGUUCUGCAGGGAUUUGAUUAGUGUCUUAAGUGGGAGAUGGUUCAGAGGAGAGAGAGGGCUCUGAUGGGCAGAGUUAGUGCUCUGCCCUGGGAUGCAUGAGCAAUCGUUGCCUGAUGGGCUGUAAAGAUUGGAAAAAAAAAAAAAAAAAAGCUGCCUCGAAGCCAAAAAAAAAGGUAAAGGCUGCUGAGUGACAGGUAUUUAGUAAAGGUCAGUUUCCACGCAAAAA